AUGUCACACCUUCAAUUGAUAUUCAAAACAAUUGAAAACUUAACUCAUACAGAAGGUCAUUGUGAAUUUGUGACAGUCCUAAAAGAUAUUGCUGAAAAUGAAAAUCAAGUAAUGUCUAAUGAAACUUAUAUGAAUUUAAAAUCAUUUCUACAGAAGAUAUUCCUUUCCAUAGAUGAACUUAUAAGUGAAUUAAAGAAGGAUGAAACUAUUCUGAUUAGUGUAAAGAACCAAAAGCUGCUGCGGACAUGUUUUCAGUUAGUAACAUUGCUUGGUAUUUCACCAUGUUUAAUACCGGGGUUGGGAAUAAAAUUAUCUAAGAGGUGCAUUACUGGAGCAGUACUUCCAAAGCUUGUCUUGACUGAUGAACAGAAAUAUGAGAUGCUAGUGGCAUGCACAGAUUUUUUUACCAGAAGUUACUCGGUAUCUGCCCUAAAAACCAUAAUUAUAACUCUACACCUCUCAGACUACUUGGCAGCUUUGAUACAGUUAUCAUUUGCUCCAUUUAAAAAACCAGGAACUUACAGCAACUUUACAAUGACACAAGAAAUGUAUGACAAGCUCAGUGAAGAUAGAAAAAAGUAUUUAAAUGUUUAUAAUCAUCUAGUUUCUAAUUGUUUUCAACCUGUACUUAUGAAGGAAUUGUUGGUACUCCAAAGUGGAUCAGAUCCUUCCCCUCCAGCGUUUGCUAAAAGAGUCAUAGCUAAGGAACUGAGCCAACAUUUGAUAUCUCCAGGUGGUCUGCUCAGCCUAAUUCGAUGUUUCAUAGAGAGUUAUGAUAUUGACACUGGUUUUGAAUGGAAAAAGAUUGACAUGAUAUGUCGAAUCAUAGCUGCAAGACAUGGGACCAGUACAGAAAGUGAAUAUUUAGCUAACAUUUGUAAUCAACUACAAGAAAUAUUGUCAGUGAACAACACACAUUACCUAGCUGCAGCUGUAGCAUGUGUUUUAAGUUUAAAUGAAAAGUUCCCACAAACAGAACCAGUUGUUAAACUUACUAAUGAUGUAUUUCAGAGUUUUGACUAUAAUUAUUUAACCACAAGUGGUUUGCCUGGUACUAUAAUAUUGUCUCCACAAGAAGUGGAACAAAAAGUUAAAGUUUUACAUGCUUGUGUUUGUACUACCAAGCUAGACUGGCAAGUACAAUUACUGCUACCAAACUUAUAUGUACUUUAUUGUAUAGGAACUAAGUGUACAAAGAAUGAUGACAUGAAAAUAAAAUUAAAAGAUAUUAUCAUUAAAAGUCUAGAAAAAUUAAGAAAAGAUGAACUCUAUGACUUGAUUAAAACAUUUUUAUUUGGUAAAGUUGUUCAGAACUCCUCUGCAGUUAUUGUUAAAGAGUAUGAUGCUGGUGUUGCCAUAAAAUCGGUGUCAACCUGUGAAGACUAUUCUAAAGAAGAAGCUGUGAUAUAUUUUAUGGAUUUAUUUAAGAGUGUUACAGAUAAUGUUGUUGUUACAAAUAUAUUUAUGAUAGCUUUAAGAAUAUUGUUAGAACUUAAUGAUCAAAGGCAAAAGAAAGAAAAUAAGGAUAUCUUACUGACAGAGGAGGAUGAUCCUGUAUUGAUUGAUGCAAUUGAUGAGCAGUAUGCAGUGAUCCUGCAACUACUGUCAGAAAUAUCCACCUCACCUAAAGUAGUGAUGUCACUGAAGUCAGACCCAAUGAUUGUUUUUGAUUUCAUUGAACAUUUUAUUUGGAAACAGAAAGCAGAUGUGGAUAAUGAGUGUGUCACCAUAGCUUUAGUACUACUCAACACUAUUCUAUCAAAUGCUGAAAAUAUUGAUCCAAGGUUUAGAAACUUGGUACCGGUGUUGAGAAGAAUGAGUAAGAAUGAUUCCAACUUAAAUAGUAUACUUUGCAAAGAGGCCUUAUCACUGAUAUCUUCAGAGGGUCCUCAGAAGAAGGACUCUGCAUGUGAAAAGGCAAUAUCUGAUACAUUUGAUGAGUUGCUGCCUGUAAGAGCUCAUGGGAUCAUUGAACUCACAAAGCUAAUUGAUGCGGGAGACGCUGAGACUAUUUCAAAGAAACACUAUGUGUUUUGUAUAUUUCAGGAACAGCUAAAAGACACAGACUCCUACAUCUACCUCUCUGCCGUCAAUGGUCUAGCUGCACUAUGCACACACUGCACAGAGGAUGUGCUACAAAUACUUUGCAAAGAGUUCUUACAAGACCAAAUAGCAAUGCAAGGCAACAUUGAAACUAAUGAAAGUCAAAACAGGGAUGCGGAAUUGCGAAUGAAAAUUGGCGAUGUUAUUGUCAAAGUUACUAAAAGAUUAGGUGAAAUGGCAGUAGUUCAUAAAACGAUCCUACUGAACACGAUGCUGUGUGCGGUCAAUGAUGGAGACCCUCUCAUAAGGACGUCAGCCUUGUCCAACUUGGCAGAAAUAGCCUUAGUGCUGCACUACAGGAUUGGAAGUAUUAUUUAUGAGGUACUUUAUUGUAUUUGGAGUAUAAUACAAACCGACAAGGCUAUAGAGUGUCGGAGAGCAGCAGUGAUGGUUAUCGCCAGUCUGAUCAAAGGUUUGGGCAAAGAGACUUUACUGGAACUAAAGGAUCAACUUCUACCAAUUUAUAGGACUUUGAAAAGUCUAUAUGGAGAUGAAAAUGAGGACAAAACAGUUCGACUCCACGCACAGAUAGCUUUAGAGGAACUAAACGAUGUUGUCAGACAAUUUCUAUUUCCUGAAGUAAAGAUGGAAAAACAAAUAUUUGUUCUAGACGAACCACGAGACGUAUUCAAAUAA